CUCGGCUCGACGGCAAUCGGAAUUAGAAGCCAGCAGUAGUAGCAGAGAACGACGGGAAUUUUCUCGUUCGGUCGGUCGAACGGUCAAAUCCGGGUUGGUGUGGUGUGAAAAUCCGGAAAAAGCACCAUCCAUCUUAGAACUUGUUCCCGACGGAUGUUCGCAUCUCGUCCGGAACGCGAAGAACUUGGCAGUUGACGUUUUUGUUUUCUAAUGGCCCCUGUGCCCUAGCCUGGGUCAUCUGGUGAAAGUGAGAAACUCUGUUGUCCAGCGGCAGGUUAAUUUUCCUGCUCGUCGAGGAACGUGGCCACCGUGACGGUUUCGACUACCAACACUAUACGAAAUGAAAUAGAAGACGCGUACGGAGUGUGUCAGCAAUAAUAUCAUCAUCACCAUCGAAAACACCAAUAAUUCCAUCAUUCCAGAGUCUUCGUCGUCGUCGUCGUCGUCACAUUGAUUGGCAAUUCCGUAUCGUAAACCGCUGGCGACCUUCUGUGCGGCGGUCGUGUCCAGUAGAGUGAAGAGUGGACAAGUGGAACGUGAUGUGGUGCCGAAAAAACCAAGCCAAACGAGUGUGUGCGAUAAUUUGUUCGAAUUGACCAAAUUUUCGGAAAUAGUGUGAGUGCGCAUUUUGCGCCCGGUGAUCCUGGGGUUUUUUUGUUUUAUGCCUGCGCCCAAUUUCCGGUGCUUGUUUGUUCGGAAGUACUGAAGAAAAAUUCGUUCCGUUUGGGGAAGAUCGAUCCAAGUGUGAUUGGUUCGGUCAACAGGAACGAAACCGACGACCACCGGUCGACGCUAAUGGAACGAAAAUAGUGAGGAAGAAACAAAGUAGGGGAAAAAGAAAAGGCAGCCUUCGAUCGUCCCAGUCGCCAGGGAUGUGUGUGUGUGUCCAAGAGUAUUGUUGUUCAAUCAAAUAUUGUUUUGUUUCAGCACGUUGUUGUACAUCCGUUGUUCGGUUCCAGUGGAAGAAGAAAAGUUCACUUAUUAUAGAAAGUAGUAUGUUGUCAGGAUCCUACUGAGAGGAGUGGGUAAAGCAGGAAAAAAAGUACCAGCAAAGUGUCACCUGUUACGAAUCAUUGGUGGUAUCACCACGAAGAAACGGAAUAAAAGCGUUUUACGAGGCAGUGCGUGUGCGCCUUCGAGUGGUCGAGCCUCCGAGGAAGUUUGAAACCGCAGGAUUUAGGUUUUAGGAAGCAAGGCACACGCCGACAAGAAUUAGCAAAACACACGCGGCCGCUGUGUGCGUGCGCGUGUGUGUGCAUGUGAGGUGUCUGUGUUUGUGAGUGUCUGUGCGUGUGCGUGCGUCAAAACCAAACCACCAAGCCAACAAGCCAGUGUUAGUAGUCAGUCAGAACCGUACGACGGCGUACUCCGGCGAGAAUCCGUCAACAGUCGUCAACAAUUGGAUCAAGAAUAAGCAGAGGCAGUACACUAGAGUACGAGUAAACCACAAUGUCGUCGGGAACAUUUGUCGAUCGGAUCGAUCCGUUCGCUAAACGUUCGCUCAAAAAGAAGGGUAAAAAAUCUCAGGGCUCAUCGCGGUACAGAAGUUCACAGGAGGCGGAACUGCAGCAGCUGCCGUCGCUGAAAGUGGACUGUUCCAGCCUCGAGCAGGAGGAGCUGUUCAUUCGGAAGCUGCGGCAAUGUUGCGUUUCGUUCGACUUCAUGGACCCGCUGUCGGAUCUCAAGGGCAAGGAAAUCAAGCGGGCGGCUCUGAACGACCUGUCGGCGUACAUCACACAUGGGCGCGGUGUGCUGACGGAGAACGUCUAUCCGGAAAUUAUCAAAAUGAUAUCUGUGAACCUAUUUCGAACGCUCCCGCCUAGUGAAAAUCCGGACUUCGACCCGGAGGAGGACGAUCCGACGCUCGAGGCCUCCUGGCCCCAUCUGCAGCUGGUGUACGAGGUGUUCCUACGCUUCCUAGAGUCAGCCGACUUUCAAGCGACGUUCGGCAAGAAGGUUAUCGAUCAGAAGUUUGUCCUACAGCUCCUGGAGCUGUUCGAUUCCGAGGAUCCGAGAGAGCGUGAUUUUUUGAAAACCGUAUUGCAUCGUAUAUAUGGCAAAUUUUUAGGAUUACGUGCUUUUAUUCGUAAGCAAAUAAAUAACAUAUUUCUACGUUUUAUAUACGAAACGGAACAUUUCAACGGAGUCGGCGAGCUGCUGGAAAUUUUGGGAAGCAUAAUCAACGGCUUCGCCUUGCCGCUCAAAGCGGAGCAUAAGCAGUUCCUGGUGAAGGUGCUGCUACCACUGCACAAGGUGAAGGUGUUAUCGCUGUACCACGCCCAGCUCGCGUACUGCGUGGUGCAGUUCCUGGAGAAGGACGCCUCACUGACGGAGCCGGUGGUGCGCGGGCUGCUCAAGUUCUGGCCAAAGACCUGCUCCCAGAAGGAGGUAAUGUUCCUUGGUGAAAUCGAGGAGAUACUGGACGUGAUCGAACCGCCCCAGUUCGUCAAGAUCCAGGAACCGCUGUUCCGGCAGAUUGCCAAGUGUGUCUCCAGUCCCCAUUUUCAGGUGGCCGAGCGGGCACUCUACUUUUGGAACAAUGAGUAUGCGAUGUCACUGAUCGAGGACAACAAUGCGGUCAUCAUGCCGAUCAUGUUCCCGGCACUGUACCGGAUCAGCAAAGAACACUGGAACCAGACGAUCGUUGCCCUCGUCUACAAUGUGCUGAAAACGUUCAUGGAGAUGAACUCGAAGCUAUUCGACGAACUGACCGCCAGCUACAAGGCGGAGCGGCAGAAAGAGAAGAAACGAGAACGGGAACGGGAAGAGUUGUGGAAGCGGCUACACGAGCUGGAAAGUGCACGCCGACCGGAUGCACCCGGAGGUGGUCCCGGCAGUCUGAUAGCGGAUGGAACUGGAAAUUCUCUGCCAACUGGUGGCGGUGGCGGCGGCGGCGUCGGUGCGGUUUCGCAGCUCACACCCAACGCGCUAUCAUCCGCCACAUCCACGUCGUCGUCUUCUUCGCCGUCGUCCGUUACAUCCGGUAGCAAUCUGACUGGGCUCGGUGGAGCCUCGUCGCAACCACCGCCACCCGGUUCGGCCUCCAGUCACCAAACAGGCUCAGCGCCAUCCGCCACAUCCCCCAAUGCCGCCACCAACAAUGCCGCUACUGCGCCAUUAAACAAGUGAUGUACUGAAUAAUACUACUUUUAAAUACAUCUUCCCUCUGGUCAUGCCACCAACCACCCAACCCCGCCCCACUCACUCGAUCCAACCGUUCCGAAUUCCCGAAAAUCCGUUCCUUGCAUCAUCCUAAACAUCCCUUCUCUCCCGGUCAUCCAUCAACUACAUGCAUUCACUCAACCUCCUGCCCACUCACAAUCUUCGGACAUAUACACACCCACACGAACACACAUUCACCUAGAAUAUAGAGUCUGCACGCAUUGUUUCCGCUAGGACCCAAACAAACAAACAAAAAAAAACAAGAAUCCUUCGCUUUCGUAUUGAAGUACAUUGUAAAACGAACGAACGAAGGUCGGCAAAGUCAUCCCUAACAUCAUCCUUAGUAAAAAAAAAACAAUUGUUAUAAGAAAUCUGGCAGGCAGAAACCAAUAUUCAAUUGUAUGCUAACGAAAACAAAAAAAAAUAAAGAAAACAAUCUUUUUAUAGAGAAGAGCGAACCUAGUUGCAACUCGAAUGCAAAUAACAGAAUGGGUAAUACAAAGUAUGUAAAGUUAAUAAAUAAAACAAAAAGUUUACCUGCUUCUAUUGCUGUCGAGAGAAAAAGAAAAAAGAAUACUAGUAACAAAAACAAAAAAAAGGUGGUGAGUAAAAAACCCACUUUUAUUACCAUACAUUCACUUACACCACACGCAAUGAGCGAAAUAAACAGGAAAAAAAAGAAUCAUCUCUAUAGCAACAGCUCAGACAAAACAAAAAAAAAACAAACAAGUUUAGCAAUGACCCGGAACGCCAACGCCAUCUUUUCUCUCUCAUACACACAUUCACAUACACUUACACUCUGCCUACACGUAAACAUAAACAUGCUAACACAACCACAAAAACACAAACACACAGUAACCGAUGUGUCAACAUAAUAAUUAAAAAUAACAAGAUUAGCAUAUGACCUACCGCGACCACGUAGAGAACCAAGCAACAAAAAGAAAAAAAAAAGAAAAAACAAAACAGACGAGAAAAUUCAACAGUUAGAGGGAGAGAGCAAAACUUUAUUCUGUUCGUUUGGUUUGUUUGUUUGUUAACAAAAUGUAUUCACUGGAAUAAUCAUUUUUAUAUUGAAAAAACAAAAAUUCCGGAUCUCUGGAUUGCGAAACCGUCUGUGUCGAUGAGUUUUUCUCUGUAAUCUUUUUUUUUUUGAGCAGAUGGCUUCUUACUGUUGUGCUGAACUAGUCGAACUGGGGAACAUUGUAAUCCACCAACUGCGGUACUCCACGAUAGUUGAUUUUGUUUGAAUUGAAACUGAAUCGCAAGUUCGAUUACCAAAAACAAAAUAAAUAUCAUCCUUGUUUGAUAGAUUGGAAAUCAGCUGUUUUUUUU